AUGUUAUACUUUUUAUAAUCAAUUGAUUAGUUUGGAGUUGAGCAAAAAUUAUAAAUUCCUCCAAUUAAGCCUACAUAAAAAAGUGCAUUGGGUGGAUUAGUAACUUUAAUUUUAUAUGGAGUAAGUUUGGGAUAUUUUCUCUUUUAAUUUUAUGAUUGGUAAUCAAAUAACAAACUUCCUAAAGUAACAUUCCUUUAAGAAUAAAUUCAAGAUGAAUAAAAAUUAAAGCUUGAUGGAGUACUUGCAGAAAUAAGUUACUUAAAAUCACUUAACAACCCGAUAGAUCCUUUCAAUCCACAAAAUCUUAUAUUUUCACCAAAAUUAAAACUUAUUCCUUUUGAUAGAUAAAAUGUAAAAUUAAUUUGAUAUUUAGGUAUAAAUCAUACCACUAAACUUCAGUGAAGAAAAAUUAGAAAAUGGAAAAAUAAUAAAUAAAUUUCUGAUUGAGGAUAUAUAAUUAUACAACUCCCCUGUUAAUUAAGCUAAACGUGUAUAAGUUAAUUAUUAAUUAACUUUGGGUUAUUGUAAUCCAAAUUCACUUUAAGAAAGACAAUAAUGCGCUAAUCAAGAAACAAUUAAUCGAUUUUUCAAUCAAACAAAUUUCUUUUAAAUGUUUCUUUACAUAGAACAAUUUGAUCCUAAAACGAAAUCCAUAGUAAAAAUACCAAAAUUUUAUGUUUUUGAUAUGAUAAAAGGAUAGCUCUAUUUUAAUUAAUUUGUCUUGAAAGUUGGAGAACUGAGUAUGGAUGAUGGAUUUUUAUUGCCCAAUUCAAAUUAAUAAACAUAUCUUUCUGAUUUACAAGUUAUUACAGCACAAUAUGAUUAAGAGUAUUCAAAAAAUGUAUAUGGGGAAGAACUAAUUUAAGUAUUAUUUUUUAAUUUAGAUUAAAUAAAAAUCGUAAAUAUGGUUGAAUAUCCAAAAAUAUCAGAAAUAUUAGCAGAUACAGGUUCAAUCAUAACUUGGAUUCUUUCAAUAUCAUUUUUAGUAUCAAAAUAUAAUGAGAACUUAAGUAUGUAAAAUACUUAAAAUGAAGUAAUUUAAAUGUAUUAUCAUGAUUAUAUUGAUUUUAAAAUAUAAAAGAAUUGGUUAGGUAAAAUCAAAAGUAUAAAUUACAAAGAAAAAGAAUAUGAUCCGUAAAAAUCAGAAAAAAUCCUUAAUAAAUUAGAUCAAAUUGUUGUUGAAAAAAUGAAUUAUUUAAACUUAUAAAAUGAAGUAGCUAAGUAAGAAUUAUUUAAUUAAAUUAAAUUAGGUUAUAAUUAAUCUUACAAAAACAUUUAGGAUUAUAAUAAAUUAAAAAAUAUUUAGAAUCAAAAUAUAACUUAGAACUUCUUUUUGACAAACUAUGCACACUUGAAAAAACAUCAAAUUAAUAAUAAAUAAAUUAAAUUGUAUUUUUUUUUUUUAUAUUUUAAGCAUAUUUUAAAUGAGCACUAAUUUGAAGCAGCCUCAUAACAAGGAGAGAGUGAGAUUAGAGUUAAUGAAGAAGUCUAUCUAGAAUAAGAAAUAGAAUAAAAGAUUGCAUUACUAAACAUCAAAUUAGUUGAGAGAGAGGGUGCUUAAAUAAAAGAAUUAAAUAGCAACUUAGAAAUCCAAGAGUCCUUUGAAAAUUCAAAUACAUACAUUAAAGUUAUAAAUGCUUAGAAACCAGUGGAUUUAAAGUGA